UGCACCCCGUCAAAACACAUGCCGCUGCAGCUUGCCGAGUGUUUCCAGAUGACAUCCUUCAGUCAUGGCUUGUUCUUGUCCCUGCGCUUGGCUUGUCGUGGAACGCGGAGAACGCACAAAUGUGCAUAUAGCACUUCCUGGAGGAAGCCAAACCAGAUUCAGCGCUUUUGCUCCAGUUCUUCUCCUUUCACACCAGACUGCCAGAGCAGAAGCACGGAGCAUUCGUCUUUGUCCGCUGACCAAGAACCACACACUCCGGUCCUGCUGAAAGAGGUCCUGCAGUUCACGGACAUUAAACCAGGCCAGGUCGUCUUAGAUAUGACGUUCGGUGGUGGAGGUCACAGCAAGGCCAUCCUGAGGUCUGUGCCAGGUGUGACCUUGGUGGCUGUGGAUCGUGAUCCUGUGGCGUUCGGCUUUGCGCAGCAGCUUGCAGAGGAAUACCCGGGCCAGGUCAAGCCUGUUCUUGGGCGUUUCAGUGAAUUAAAGGACCUGCUCGUCGGGCUUGGACUGGGAAACAGAAGUGUGGAUGCUGCCUUGUUGGAUGCUGGCUGCUCAUCAAUGCAGAUGGACAUGGCAGAGAGGGGCUUUUCUCUCAGGAAGGAUGGACCACUGGACAUGAGAAUGGAUGGAGACAGGUACCCCGGCAUGCCCUGCGCGGCUGACGCCGUCAGCGCUUUAGAUCAGCGGGCGCUUGCGUGUGUGCUGGCUGCGUACGGGGAGGAGCAACACGCCAAGAAAAUCGCGGCGGCCAUCGUGCAGGCACGCAGCCUGUAUCCCAUCAGCCGGACGCAGCAACUGGCCAGCAUUGUCGCAGGUGCGUUCCCAGCUAGCGCCCUUUACGCCCGCCGUGAUCGCCUGCAGAGACCCUCGCAUGUGGCCACUAAAACCUUCCAGGCGCUGCGUAUUUUUGUGAACGACGAACUGAACGAGCUUGUAGCGGGACUCCAGGCGGCUCAGGACCUCCUCCGGCCUGGCGGUCGCCUCUGCGUCCUCACAUUCCACUCGCUAGAGGACCGCAUCGCUAAGCGCUUCCUCAGAGGAGAGGAUCUCAGCGCCCCGCCUCGCCGCAGCAUCCGCCAGAGGGCGCGCGCCCACCUCCAGAGGAAACUAGAGGAAGAGGAUGACGACGAUGCAGAGGAAGAGGAAGGAGGCAGGGAGAGCGUCCACUGGGUCAGACUGCAGAGGAAAGUCGUGCUUCCCAGUAAGGAGGAGGUCGAGGAGAAUCCGAGAGGAAGAUCGGCUAAGCUUAGAGCAGCCGUGAGGCGAUAGGCAGAGCUUCUGAUCCUGAACUUUGACAGAAAAGAGAGGCUUUCACUGAGAUUACCAUCAGUGAUUAUAGAGUACAUAGAGUGCAGAGUACAAACUAGUCUGCUCUUGACAGCAGCCAAACUCUUCAAAGGUCUUCAGAGUGAAAUGGAUUUUUGCCUGGUAGAAAAAUUCAAUGGUUAAAUAAUUGUAAUUUAUGGUGAAUUAGUGUGUUAUGUAAAUACAAUUGACACUUUUUAUAGUGUGUGUGGGGACGAAAGGUAUGACGUGCUGAGCAGUAAGCUUUUAUAAGACCUGCCAUUAUUGUAAUUGCAGUAACAUAGGUUCAGAUCAAACACACUAUAUUCUUUUCAGCUCAAUGCCAUAUUAUAUAAAUGGAUCUCUUUUGUCCAGGCGCAAGGGUAAUUUGCUGAUAUAACACCUGUGUAUUGCUUACUUGGCUCUGCGGUUAUGCUUAGUUGCCUUUUUUCAUUUGGUAUUUCCAAAUUGGACUCAGGACCCGGACUCACAGACUGCAUUGCUGCACUCGGGCUUGUUUUCUACGUAACAAACACAAACAGGCUACCAAACGUGAACAAGGCGUACACUACGUGAUGCGUCUGAAUAGCAGCGGGUUAUUUCUACCGCUAAAUUAUUGAUGCGAGAUCUAUGAUCGUAUGUCAUUAUGGAGACGUCACUGUCCUGCGUGAGAGCGGUGAUAUGAUGCACGCUCAGUUUGAUAAUGAAUAAGAAGAGGGUAUUCGAUGCGAGGUCACAGCAGCACAUCUAGGCAUGUGCAUGAGCGAAAUGAAAUUACCGUCACGAAAAUACAGACGUGGACAACCUGCUCAUUCAUGUGGUCUUUGUGUUGGCACCAGAAACUGCUGAUUCCAUGUGUUUUUCAGGCACAACAGGUUCUAGAGUUCACACAGAGUAGAGGUCACAUUCAGUGUUUUACAGGAAUGCUAUAGUAGCUCUAUACAGCCGUGUUGAGCAGAAAAGCAUCUCAGAAUGCACAGCAAACCUUGAGGUAAACAGCAGAAGGACACCAUCAGGUUCCACUCUCAGAAGCCCAAAACAGGAAACUGAGGCUGAGAGUGGACAUAUUUCCCGUCUGUAACUGUCCAGUUUGACCAUUUUCUACAUCAAAUUGAUGAAAUAUGUUCAUGGCAAAAUAUAUAGAACCCAAUUUUGGCCAUCUGUUUUCCUUUUUCUCAUGUUUUCUACCCUAUUACAUCCCUCCCUUCAGUUCAUUUCAGCAUGACUAGGUGUUCCAGUCAAAUUGAUUCUCACACUUUUUUUUUUUUUUUUAAUAAACAGGAUCUU